AUGUCUUGUCGCAUGCCCGGAUGUCAUUACAUCCAGCCUGGUACCGGCGGAUGGAAAUCCAAGCUCGACCAUGACAAGAACACGAACCCCGGUACCGCCUUUUAUUACUGCUCCAUCCAUAGCGUCUACCAUUGUGUAGUCCCCCAACCCCACCGCCGUCUUCCUCAACCCCUCUGCGGCGAGUGCGCUUGGCUCUUCUUCCGCUUCCCUGUGGAGGCCGUAAGGUACCCGGAGUCGGACCUCGUCGCCACCGCCGGGCCCGACGACGUCUGGUGCUUAAACACAGAUCUUCCGAUCUUCGGAGACGAUCAUCGCCACCCCUUCGGCCACGGUGGUGACGUGACUAGCGCCGGAAUUCUAGCCGGGCACGCACAUCCGCCACGCACUAUCGAGGAAGCACUUACACUCUUCGAUGAUCGCUUUCGAAAUGGAAAUAUGGGCAUGGUAUCGCAAAACUACAGUCGGAAACGUAACCGUCGGAGCUCCACUCGUGACAGCGCUGGCACUACCCAACGAGCCUCGCGUCGCCGGGAGUAG